GCGGAACUGCUUCAAUUGCAAAACGUCAGCGCAGCCUCGGGAGCGGCAGGCGGGCCCGAGUCAGAGCAGCUCCUUUUUAAAAAGCGGAGUACAGUAUUGGGAUUCUUGAAACCUGAAACCUAGAAACAGAAUCGAAGCGGAAACUAGAAGGAAAACCUUGAACUCCUCCAGACAAUUGCUUCCGGGGAGUUUCAGGAGAGCGAGGGGGAAUAAAGGGCCCGGGAGGAGGGCCCCACGGAUGGCGCGUCCCUGAGGGUCCUGGUGACUUCGAGGAGCGUGGGAAGGAGAGGACCCGACCCUCUCCCUGGGCUGCAGGUCAUGGCCACCGUGGAGCCGAAAGCCCUCGGCAUUGGCUUCAAGUGUCUCUCCUUGGCCACUUUCGUGCUCAUCUGUGCCGGGCAUGGGGGACGCAGGGAGGAAGGGGAUCCAGCCUGCUACGGGGGAUUUGACCUGUACUUCAUUUUGGACAAGUCAGGAAGCGUGCUGCACCACUGGAAUGAGAUCUAUUACUUUGUGGAACAGUUGGCUCAUAAAUUCAUCAGCCCACAGCUAAGAAUGUCCUUUAUUGUCUUCUCUACUCGAGGAACAACCCUAAUGAAGCUAACAGAAGACAGAGAACAGAUUCGCCAAGGCCUUGAAGAACUCCAGAAGGUCCUGCCAGGAGGAGACACUUACAUGCAUGAAGGAUUUGAAAGGGCCAGUGAGCAGAUUUAUUAUGAAAACAGUCAAGGAUACAGGACAGCCAGCGUCAUCAUUGCUCUGACUGAUGGAGAACUCCAUGAAGAUCUCUUUUUCUAUUCAGAGAGGGAGGCUAACAGAUCCCGAGACCUUGGUGCAAUUGUUUAUUGUGUUGGCGUGAAGGACUUCAAUGAAACACAGCUGGCCCGGAUUGCGGACAGUAAGGACCAUGUAUUUCCUGUAAAUGAUGGCUUUCAGGCUCUGCAAGGCAUCAUCCACUCAAUUUUGAAGAAGUCCUGCAUUGAAAUUCUAGCAGCCGAACCAUCCACUAUAUGUGCGGGAGAAUCAUUUCAAGUAGUGGUGAGAGGGAAUGGCUUUCGACAUGCUCGCAACGUGGACAGGGUCCUCUGCAGCUUCAAGAUCAACGAUUCGGUCACGCUCAAUGAGAAGCCCUUUGCUGUGGAAGAUACUUAUUUGCUCUGUCCAGCACCAAUCUUAAAAGAAGUUGGCAUGAAAGCUGCCCUCCAGGUCAGCAUGAACGAUGGCCUGUCUUUCAUCUCCAGUUCUGUCAUUAUCACCACCACGCACUGUUCUGAUGGCUCCAUCCUGGCAAUUGCCCUGCUGAUCCUGUUCCUGCUCCUGGCCCUGGCUCUCCUCUGGUGGUUCUGGCCCCUCUGCUGCACCGUGAUUAUCAAAGAGAUCCCUCCACCCCCUGCUGAGGAAAGUGAGGAGGAAGAUGAUGAUGGUCUGCCUAAGAAAAAGUGGCCUACAGUAGAUGCUUCUUAUUAUGGUGGGCGAGGUGUUGGAGGCAUUAAAAGAAUGGAGGUUCGUUGGGGAGAAAAGGGCUCCACAGAAGAAGGUGCUAAGUUGGAAAAGGCAAAGAAUGCAAGAGUCAAGAUGCCAGAGCAAGAGUACGAAUUCCCUGAGCCUCGAAACCUCAACAACAACAUGCGCCGACCCUCGUCCCCCCGGAAAUGGUACUCUCCGAUUAAGGGAAAACUCGAUGCCUUGUGGGUCCUGCUAAGGAAAGGAUAUGAUCGUGUGUCGGUGAUGCGUCCACAGCCAGGAGACACGGGGCGCUGUAUCAACUUCACCAGAGUCAAGAACAAUCCACCUGCCAAGUACCCCCUCAACAACGCCUACCAUACCAGUUCACCGCCUCCUGCCCCCAUCUACACUCCCCCACCUCCUGCUCCCCACUGCCCUCCCCCACCCCCUAGUGCUCCCACUCCCCCAAUUCCAUCCCCACCAUCCAUCCUUCCCCCUCCCCCUCAGGCUCCACCUCCCAACAGGGCGCCACCCCCCUCCAGGCCUCCUCCUAGGCCUUCUGUCUAGAACCCAAGGUUUGUGCUCUGGGCUCUCUCAGAAACUUUAGGGAGGAGGCUCCUCUGUGGUGUUAGAGUAAGUCUUUCCAGUUAAAGGAAGAUUCCACUUUGGAAAUGAGUGGUGAUAAAGCCCAGUGAUGUUCACACACUUUAAAAUUUGGUUUGUCAUGCCAGUAUGCCAACAAUUGUGAUCAUCAGAAAGAAAUCAAAAUUUUGAAAUGCCUGAAAACAAAUGAGGCAACUACAGUCACAAUUAUAGCCAGCCAGCCAUCACCUCUAGAAGGUUCCAGAGACAGUGAAACUGCUGAGAUGCUCUAAAUGGGAAUGUGUCUCACGGAAGACCAGUAACAAAUCAUUUCUCUAGGGUGAAAUGCAGAGUCGGAUAAGAAAUAACAUUGCUGAGUUUCUAAAUGCUGCUUUUCCUCCUCCACUCCAACUCUAUCAUUUAACCAUGGAUCCUUGGCCUAGGAACCAAGGAAUGGAGUGAGUCCUCACCCCUGUGCACCACCCAGGAAGGUGGAAACCCUUUGCCUACAAUUUUGGGGAAAGCUUGAAGUAGCCAUCGUGGCAAGAAACUCAACAUCAGACAGAUAUCCAAAACCAUGACUUACUGGGAUUUUCAGAGGAGUAAAAAUAUGCCACUUUUCCUUUCAAAUUCUCCCAGUUUCCAAGUGAGGAAGAGAGCAGGUAUUUACUGAUGGAAAAGGUAUGUUGCCAUGUUGCUGUGUAAGUGAAACCAGGUGUGUACAUUGACAAGAGGCAUACUGAUGGGUGCAGCAGAUAGUUUCUAAAACCCACAGGCCAUCAGCAGCUUGAGGUGGCUGGCUUUGGCCCAACCUGGUCCCCUAGAUCAACAGACAACACAUUGUCGACAAAAACCUGUUAAUGAUUCACGUUAAAAAUCAAGGUUUAGCCUUGGUUUAAAUCACUUGAUAUACGAAGAAGUGAUUGAUCCUGUUUUCCAGAGACAAAUGCGAGUUGAUCUUCCCAAAACGACAUCACUAGCGCCUACCACACAAUUUCACUGAUUUUCUUUUUCUUUCUUGGUAAAGUUAUGCACCAGAGACUUCUAGGUAGAGCUGAGAGACAAUGGUCCUGACAUGAUGAGAAAACUAUCUCCAGGUUCUUUGAUUAACCCUAAAAAAGGCAUGUAUGUAGAUGCAAAUAGAUUUCUCUUUGGCUUUCAACAUACUCAGAAUUUAUUAUCAGCUGUUGACCCAGAGGCAAUACACCAAAAUGCUCUGCCUGAAAUUCUUCCCAUGCCUGAGACUCACUCCAUUGCUCCAAGUCUUUCUGAAUCUGUUGUGAGCAAUAAGCCCUAUAAGCACUUUCUAAACAUUGGGCCUCAUCACCCAAAGGUGAAAACAGGGUCAUCGUCGAGGGCCUCCUGCACCCUCCUGUUCAAAAUUAUCUCCCUGCUCCAACUUUCCACAGGUCUUAAAAUUCCUCUCCCAAACCUCUUAAAUCUUUUCAGGAACAAAGCAGAAUACAAAUAUAAACUUGGUGCUUUGGGCUCUAGUCUCCAAAGAUCCUUCAAGAACACAUCAAGCCAGACUCAUUCUUUCACUUUACUUAGUACAGAGACAUAAGGACCUGGCAUGCAUUCCAUAAACACCAAUUUUUAUAGCCUCAAUAGACAUUGCUAAUCAAUCACAGCACUAUUUCCCAUGGAGCCCAGUGAUUUCCUCAUGAUCCUCAAAUCACAACUCCAAAGAGCCACCACUCAUCAGUCAGAAAUGA